AUGACAGGACUUAAAGACGAUGAAAUCCGUGAUUCACCGAUGUGGACCCACAUGAAGAAGGUCCUGCUGCAGGUUGUCCAGCAGCACCCGGGUAGCGCGCUGGAUGCGAUAGUCCCCGCCUCAUUCACUGUGCAGACCGGGGGUGCCGUUCCGCCGCGCGCCACCACCAUCUACGCCGACCACCGCCCGAAGGUGGUCAACACUGUUCCAUGUGACGCGCUGGAGAACUUGCGUUGGGCGUCGAGCUUUGGCACUGCGCUAGCGCCUCCGAAACCGAAGCGCAAGCCGCUCGAGGAGGACGAGGAGCCACCGGUGGAGGAUGAAGAGGAGGAGGAGGAGCUGCUGAUCGGCGAGGUCAGUGACGUGGUGGCAGAGCAGGCUGUCUUCAACGCAGUCGGCGAGGGGCUGCCGUCGGAGGAGGCGUUCCGUCUCGUUGUUGGCAUGAAGCAGCUGAUCAAGUCGGAGCCGCUGGCGAGCGUGCGGUUCUGGGGCAAGAUCUUCGGAAGCGGUGCGGACUACUACGUGGUGGAGACGAAGAUCGACCCGAGCCGCCUGCCGGAAGAGGAGGAGGAAAUCGCGGAGGACGAGGAGGAGGAAGGGAUGCCCAUCGACAACGUCGCCGACGUGCUUUACGCACACGGGGCGAAGAUGCACGCCGACACCGCGGAGGAGCCGGCCGGAACUGGGCUCAACGAGUGGGUUUACUACACCGCGCUCACCGCGGACCCGACGAAGUGGACGCGGCUGCCAGACGUGACGCCGAACCAAAUCAUCGCCGCACGCUUCAUCCGCCGAGGCUUCACGGGGGACCUGGAGAGCCCCGUCGACUCCCACCCGCGGUUCCCAGGCAAGGAGAUGAAUUAUCUGCGGGCGCAGAUCGCGCGCAUCAGCUGUAACUGCCGAGUGGCACCGAUUGACAUGUUCACAACGGAGGGGGCAGUGCCGGAGGAGGAGGAUGACGACGGCAACCCGCUGCCGCCUCCACCCACCGUGCCAGCGUACACCGCGUUGCCGCCGCUCAACCCACAGGAGGUGCCAGAUGAAGAAGAUAACGAGGCAAUUGAGCCGGUAAAGUCGUGGUUCUAUGGUUACCGUGAUGACGAGCUACUCCAGGGAAAGUAUUGGGUGCACAUUGCACCAACACUGCUACUCACAGGCCGAAGCGUCGCAACCGAGUCAGAUGCUGCACAGGAAGAUAUGCAAGAUGAUGGAGAAGGGAAUGAGGCCGGUUUUGAUCACUCGGAAAAGAUCCACCCUUUUCUCUGUGAGGUGAGCCGCGACGAACCGUUAAGGUACACGUGCCAUAGCCGUAGUCAGAUACCUGCGUGGAGCUUUCGCAAGGCGUUCCAUAAUGAGAGCAGCAAUACACGCACAUAUGUUGCCCGCUCCGGCCUCUGGCCUGGUGCCUUCACGUACGCAGUGACGGAGUCAGGUCAGCCUGGCAGUCAGUUCCAAAGUGUCUACAUCGGCACAGGGCUCAAGAACCUUCAGGGCGUCAACUACGCGCCCAAAUUGCCACCGCGGUGCCUCGUCGAAUACCCCGAAGUCGAACUUCUGCUGCAGCGCGAUGGAACGGUAGACGACGAGCUGGAAUACGCACCGCCCCCGCCAAGGCCGGAGGGCACUGAUGAUGAGGAGGAUAUGGAAGAAGAUUAG